AUGUCUGCAGAGCCUUCUCUAUCCACAAUCUGUGGACUUGUUCAAAAGCUUGCGGCACUUUAUCCUUGCCUUCCUCCUAAGAAGAUAUCUGUCACCUUAUCUAAUGAUAACAUCUACCAUGUCAUGACGGCUGUCAAUGGAGAUGAUGACUUUUCAACAUUCAACCAGAGAUUUGAUAUUCUAUAUGCAGAACAUCUGUGCAAUGAACAUGGGCAACUUCCCAAUAUAUGGACACUUCAUCUCAAAUCUCUUGAGACUCCUAACCAGCCUGUGCUACCAACCCAGAUGAUGACAACUACUAGUGCUAUUCAGGAUACACCCCUUUCAGUGACUGAGGGGCCAGCUGCUACACCGCAGACUAUGCCUGAAUCUUCUGAGCAAGUACAAGAGCCUACAGAAGAUGCAGUAGCAACUAAGACACCUGCUGCUUGGACAACUACAAAUGUGAAGAAGAAGCAAGCAAAAGGUGCAGGUAAACAAAGGAAGAGUUCGAAAAACCCAUUAGUUGAACUGUAUAAUGAAGGUGCAUUUCUGAGUGACAACGAUGAAGAUGAUCACAACUUCACAAAUUGGGGUCAUCUGUUAGUGACCAAUUAUACAAACAAGAUCAAACAACUAAGCAUGACUUGCACUUCGGUCAGACGCUUAUGA